CCUUCAUUAUAUUUUACUCAUGUCAUGGACAUCAACCACAUACAUAAUAAUAAUAAUAAACUCCACAUAAACCACAACUCCACCAUCAUCCAUUGGGAGAAAAGCCUUAACCUUUCCAUGGACAUGGAUCAUCAUCAUCAACAUGAACAUGAACAUCAUAAUCAUCAUGUUCAUCCAUUUAUACAUGAUAAUAAUAAUCCGGUAUGGCAAACCUACCAUAAUCUUCCUACACCACACUCAUCUCAACCAUCCAUUUUAUCAUCAUCAUCAUCAUCAUCAUCAUCAUACAUCAUCAAACAAACAAACAUACAAGAACAAAUUAUAAUAGAGGAAGAUGAGCAUGAGUUUGAGGAAGAAGAGGAGCUAGGAGCUAUGAAAGAAAUGAUGUACCGGAUCGCGGUUAUGCAACCCGUGGAUAUUGACCCGGCAGCUAUCCGUAAGCCAAAGAGAAGAAAUGUUCGGAUCAGUAAUGACCCGCAAAGCGUGGCAGCCCGACAUAGGAGGGAACGGAUAUCCGAAAAGAUUCGGAUCCUCCAACGGUUAGUACCCGGUGGUGUUAAAAUGGAUACUGCCUCUAUGCUUGAUGAGGCUAUUCGUUAUGUUAAGUUUCUUAAGAGACAAAUCCGUCAACUUCAAUCCGGAUCCUCCAAUCACCAACCACCACCCGUCCCCACCUUGUCGCCUUCCGAUUGGCCACCGCCUCCCUCGGUCUCAGCCUCACUCUUUAGUCCCUACUCUAGCCCCGGGAGCUCAAAAGUGGUGCUUUUUAGGGAUAAUAAUAAAAACGGUAAUCAUCAUCAUGAGGGGAUGAUUUUUCAACAUGGAGGUAAUUAAUUAAUUAAUUAAUUAAUUAAUUGAUUGAUUAGUUUAAUAUCAAAAUUGAUUAUAUAUGUAAUCCCUAGGGUAUAUGUAUGUACGUACCUAUGUUGCAUUGUUGUAAUAGAUAAAAUCAUUAGCAUUAUUAUUGAGAAAUAACUAUAAUGCUAUUGUCAAUAAUUAAACAAUAAGUAAUAGGAUGUACUAGCAUUGUAGUUAACUCGAAAUUGUUCUAUUCUAAUGACAUGUAUGUAUGUACCCUACGUGUGUAUGUAUGCGCGUGUAUGUGCGCGUUUGCAUAGGUGUACUUAUACAUGUACUAAUUUGUAGUUAAUUAAUUUAAUUUGUAUCUUUGGACAAUGCAUGUGAGAAUUUAAG